AUGUCAUCGGACACAGACAUCUCCUACCUCCCAGAUAGCAUCAGUGACUCUGCAUCAGAACCAUCAGCACAUGAAGGGGAGCCAAAGCGCAAGCAUCUAGGCUAUAACGACGCGGAGCAACUUACGAGUGCAGUUGGCCGUAUCGUCAACAAGAACCUGAAUACAACGGAUCACGGUCCUGUUAUGCUCAAUCGCGAAGGGCGAGAAAAGGCUGUUGAGCGUGAGAAGUAUGAGCGCCGCCUGCAGGAUGCUAUUUCCAUAGAGCGGCGAGAGCUCCUAGAGAAGGGUCACAUAACCACUCCUGCGCCUCCAUCUGAUUCUGCAGAGAUGCGGCUGAUCCGCACCGCCUUUGCUGGUGUUAAACAAUUCAUCGAUGCCGUUACAAAUUACGCAGAGGAAGCAAGAGUACACAAAGCUCGUGAGCGAGAGACCAUCGAGCGGCUCCAGCGGCAGCAAGAAGCACUGCGGGGGACCGAGCGGACCCGGUGGCGUGCGCUCCCAGAGGAGAACCUCCUCGACGAGUUCAUCCGCACCGCCAAUCCCGAGUAA